AUGAAAUCUCGGACGAAUAGCUUGAGGGGAAGUUCUGAAAUUACGGCAAGCACUUCAUCAGAAUAUAGCGAGAGUGAUGAUGACAGUGAUCGACAUUCAACAACACCAUCAGUUGAAAUACAGUCAGGGGAUGGAGAUCAGGAUAGGAAGAGAUACAAAGAAUUGAAGCGAAGGGAAUCCGAGUAUUCUGAUGAUGAUCGUUUACCUGCGAAAUUUUUUCGGAAAAAUGACGAGUAUUCCAGAAGACAGAAUUCGCCAUCUAAUCGUAAGCAUAGAUCUCAUCAAUCACAUCAUUCACGAUUGCGGAAAGUUCGAGAUGGAAAUCGGAAACAAACUACAAAACGGGAUGAGGGAUAUGAGAGACGAAGCUGUUCUAGAGAAGAUUAUAAGAGGAAAAGGAGUCAUUCAAGAUCGUCACACUCUCCAACUUGCAUAAGACAUACAGAUAUCAAAAAGGAAUCCAACGCUGAUGAAGACAAUGAUCAUCAACAAUUGGAUUCAUUAAAGAAGAAUGCUCGGGAGGAUGCUAUCUGGGCAGAACGUCGCAAGGAGCGUGAACGGCGUUGUGAAUGGGGCGUACGCAAUGUCUGGGGAUGUUCUCCUCUCAUACAUGAAAUACAUGAAGUGUAUGAAGAGUAUGAAAGAUUGGAAAAAGAGCUUCAAGAGGAGGAGGAACAGUUCCCUCAACCUCUGAGUGUUAAAGCUACUGAAAUGGCAAAAAAGUCUAAAAAGAAAGAGAAAGAAAGUAAAAAGAAAAAGAAAGAAAAAAAGAAACACAAGAAAAAGCAUAAAAAAGCAUCAAGCGAGAGCGAGGAAGAAUGGGUUGAAGUGACCGCCGAAAUGCGAGAAGCUGAAGCAGCUCGAGAGAAAUUAGAAGAAGCCGCAAUGAUUGGACCUGCAAUACCUGAUCAUCUCCAGCAGAAACAUGCUGCUUUAAUCGAUACUACGAAAAGAGUAAAUUACGGAAAAGACAUGUUACGGGGGGAAGCGGCAGCAAUGGCUUCAUAUAUUGCACAAGGAAAGCGAAUACCUCGACGUGGUGAAAUAGGUCUUUCGUCAGCAGAAAUUUCAGAAUAUGAAAAAAUUGGUUAUGUGAUGAGCGGAACAAGGCAUAAAAGUAUGGAAGCUACGCGUUUGAGAAAAGAAAACCAGGUUAUGACAGCUGAAGAGAAACGGCUUUUGAGCGGUUUUACUCAUGAUGAACGAAAGAAAAAAGAAGAAAUCGUGUUGCAGCAAUUCAAAAGUUUUAUAGAAUCGAAAAAGGGGAAAAAUUGA